AUGACGAUGGAUCGCUAUGCAGCAUGCCAUGUUCUGUACCAAAAAGGUAUUCCUGCAACCUGCUGGUUCGAAGAUGCGGUCGCCCACCAUGGAGUGCCGACGGCGAGGUUCGACCUGUUCCUGUUGGUCGAGGAUAUGGAUACCGCCGCGCAGGUGUUACUCCAUGAUGGCUGGGCAUCGGCUGCCACUCGACCGAAUGACAAGUACGCGUUUUACGGCGAUGAGAACUGCAAGCCCUACCGCCGCAUGGAACGACCAGGGUUACCAGGAAAGCACACGUUUUUGCUCAAUGCCGCCGACUGGGCAUUUCCAGUGGAACGGCUGGGAAAAGUUGACGAGAUGGAAGGGGCGAGGCUCGAGGUUAAUGGCCCUCCUUUCUUCCCAUCGCUUCCCCACUUGGUCGACGCGCUGAUCGACAGCAUUCUGGACAGCAAGGAGAGCAACAAGACGGUCGACCGUCUCAUUGUCAUGCUGGCGUAUCUCUACGGUUACGUCAAGGAGAUGAAGAAGCCGUCCUUUGCAGAACAGUUGGCCUACGAUCACCGCCAGUUCCACUACGACACCGAAGCCAUCACCGAGUAUUCUCUCCGCUUUUUUGCGCACGAACGCAAAGUUCGACAACAGAUUCGCGACGGGACUCUGGUUCCGUACCACGACCCAUGGCACAAUGACAGGGAGUGUCUGUCGUGA